GCAAUGCCAUAUUCAUGAAGGAAAGUACUAUACAGAUCUAUAGCCUACGAUGAAGUUCUCUAACACGGCACCGCAACAUUUGGCGAAUCGUGAAGUCCUGGAUCACUUUAUCUCUCUCAAGCAAGAGACCGAUCGCUUGGGAGAGGCCAUCGCUCUCAAAAAGGCCAGGGAUUCCGCGGCGGCAAGGAAGUUGUAUCCGUUAGAAAGGGAUGAUCCGGACAAAAAGGACGAUCCUAGUUUAUUUGAACCUCUCAAUGCGGAGAAGGAAGCAGAGCUGAAGGUGGCAGAGAGAAGAGGAUUAAGUGCGGAGUUGGUCUGGGUCCAGAACGAGGUUAUAAAAUAUCUUUGUUCUGACAUGGUACCGACUUCCCGUCAAACACCAGAGGGCGUUGCUCAACUGGCAAACGAGCUGCAAGAUCAUCAACUUACAAAGGCCGAAAUCCUUCAGUUAUGUAAUCUUGCACCUGGAGAACCAGUCACUCUCUACUCUAUAAUAGAAGAAGCAGAUACGCGUUUCUACCCCGAUGCUUCUGGGAAGCUGGACGAAAUUGGCAACCAAAUCUACAAUACUCUCCUUACUUCCCCACCCGACGAACUUCUUCCCUACAUGCCUGACCGGCCGGGUGCCGUUUCCAAUGAGGAUGUUUAUGACCCAGUAUAUCUUGACAAUGCCGAUGCUGAGAUGGAAGAGAUGGCUAUGAUGCAGGAGGAAGAGUUCAUCCACGAGACUGGAAGAGAAGGUGGAGUGGAUGACGAGCAAGAUGGAGAUAUGGACUAAUAGGCGAGAGUGCUGGAGUCAAGAGCGACAAGUAAUGAGCUGUAACGAGCUAUAUACCCUGCAUAUGCA